GAAAUCAUUUCUUUUGCUAGUUGUUUUGUGUUUCACUUACGAAAAUUGAUGACAACUGUCAAGGGCCAUUGGACCAGACUUCUACAUAUAUGCUAUGCUUAUGGAAUCUUUCUGCUUCCUCAAAUCUACAAAGUGCGGAGCCAUUGCACAGAGGGGUAUGAAUUCGGAUGCAUUUGGACUCACGAUGAGAAAUCUCCUCUCAGAUGGGUGCCCGAUUCAGAAUCCGGGCAGAGCUUCGUCCGGCUGACGGGGUGCCCCCAGAACGAGUGUGGCAUUGCUGUGAUGCAGAGUCCUUGGCUGGAACCCCGAGACCGGGAAGCGAAGUUGGUCUUGCACUACAAACUAUACGGCACGUCGGAGGUGUUUCUGCGGUUGUACCUCAAGACGGAGGACGCGGGCGGGCAGCAGACUCUCUUCUCCAAAGAAGGCAAUUACAAAUUCACCUUCCCCAAGGAGUGGAAGAGCAAAGAGGUCGUCAUCCCUCCGACUCUAUCCCGACACAGACUCAUACUCAAGGCUAAUAUUCCUUAUCCCCAAGCAUACGUAGCUGUCAAAGGUAUUAAUUUGGAUGGAACGAUCCCUAUUAUCACAAGCACUACUACUCCACCGUCUACUACGACCCAAUCUUCAGAAGAAGAGUUCACCCGGCCUCCCUGCACCACAGAAGAAGCUGAAAUUUUUUCGGAUUUAUUAGACUUCCCCGAUGAAUAUGAAGAAGAAGACGACAGAGCGGAUCUUUAUAGAGAAGAUGAGGAUCGAUAUGAAGUCGAAAAAUUAAAGAAUGGCUAUACAAAAGUUAUGGAUCCUCACAUUUGCAAGUACCGGAAACCUAGAAGAAUGAAAUUCAGAUGAUAAUUAAGGAAUAACAAAUUAAAAAUGUUACUAUAUUUGAAGAAGUUAUCACGUAAUAAAGAUUCUUGAG